CUUAUUUAGAGGACAAAAUCAUCCGUACCAUAACAACUUAUUGUACCAUUAUUAUUAUAAUACUUGUAUGAAAUAUGCAUGCUCGAACAUUGCUUACCGCCUACGCAUAUAUUCAUUCUGCCAGCUAUAUUAUUAACAGCUUAAUUCAUUCGAUGAUCCAUUCAUUUCCCUAUAUAUAUACAUGUACAUUUAACACUCUACACUCUCUGUUCGCUGACUCACUCAUUCUCCCCACUGCUUUGUGGUCUGAGUUAUCUGCUAAUAAAACUGUAGUCGCUGGUUCUCUUCGCCUUCUGAUUUCAAACACCAUCGAGGAUUAUAUGAUAACGGUUACGAGGGUGAUUGGUCAGCGAAACACAGCCACUACAACUAUAUUAAUUGAUCAAAUGUUCAUUAGUAGAUCUUAUGAUCAUCGGUUUAAUUCUUGGUCGAAUACUUUAACUUAAAUUAAUCCAAGAAGAAUAUAAUCGACAGAUUAUACUAGAAAUUUUGACGAAACUAUAAUUUAUGAACGAACGAAUCGAAUAUAAGGUAAUAGGUCUUAGAUUUUGGCACGAAAUUCACUCAUCCAUUUGGUUAUAUAGAGUUUUGGCAUUAUAGCUGUAAUCAGUUCGUGAUGAAAUUGCCCUAAAUCUAAUUCCUAACCUUAACCAUCAACUGUAAAUCAUAACUGUAAUUCUUCACAUUGGUUUAUGACC